AUGUUUCUUUUUCUUCUUCUUCUUCUUCUCGAUGUUUUUUGUAAAGGAAACAAAAGAUAUGCUGGUACUACUUUCAGCAACGAGUAUCCAUCAUCGUCAUCAUCUUUCGAUCAACUAAAUGUGGCAAUGCAUUUUAUUUCCGGUCUACCGGUUUGUCCACCAAUAUGUCCUCCGUUGAAUUCCGAUCCUUUCGUUUCUUCUUCGGAAGAAAAUCUUCAUGUACGACCAAAUGUUUUAUUUAAUCGUAAAUUAAAUAAAUAUGCCAAACAAUUUGGUCGUCGUUUUAUUUUCGCUUCUACCAAGGAGAAUUUUUCCGAUGAGAAAGAUAUUGACGAAGAAUUCGAUCAAAUAUCUUUGUCUGCUACUACCUACAAUUCUCAAGAAAUCUUAGAUUCAAUUCAUGACACUCCAAAUUCCAAGCAACAUUCACCAUUAAUUGAUUCGGAUGGAUUACCGAUCACAAAAAGAAUUUUACCAGGCAUAAAUAAUCAACAUAAUACAAUACUCGAUGAUGGAAUAGGAAAAACGACGAACGGAGGAAUAAAUAAUGGAAAUAACGCAUCCAGUGAACAGCAGGACAACAAUGCCUUUUACAAAUGCAUCGAUAGUGCACCGGAUAUACCUGAACGAGGCAAAAUGGUUCCGUUGGGUCUCGACAUGGGUAUAUCAGUUGGUAAACGUUCAGCAGGUGUGCCGAGCGCCAUUGGGAGACCAAAUUUAAACGAUGAAGAAUUACGUACACAUGUAUAUAAAAAAACUUUACAAGCAUUAAUUUAUCCGAUUUCAUUGACGACGCCGCAUGAUUUUGAAUUUUGUUCAUUUACACAUCCAACCUAUUGCUAUGAAUGUGAAGGUUUACUAUGGGGUAUCGCUCGACAAGGUCUAAAGUGUCGAGAAUGUGGAGUUAAAUGUCAUGAAAAAUGUAAAGAUCUUCUCAAUGCUGAUUGUCUUCAACGACGCGCUCAGAAAAAUGCCAAACAUGGUGCCGAUGAUAAAGCAAAAAAUUUAAUGGAAGCCAUGCAUGAAAAAAUGACACUCAGGGAAACAACACGACCCUAUUUGUUUAAAACAAUCAGGGAUGUGUUCAAUGUCGAUGAAAAAUCUCAUGUUGGUCAUAUGAAAGCUGUUAAACAAAGCGUACUUGAUGGAACAUCCAAAUGGUCAGCCAAAUUGGCCAUUACUGUGAUAAGUGCUCAAGGUUUAAUAGCGAAAGAUAAAUCUGGUACAUCUGAUCCAUAUGUGACCGUUCAAGUCGGAAAAGUAAAAAAACGUACGAAGACAGUUUAUUCCGAGUUGAAUCCAACAUGGAAUGAGAAAUUUUUCUUUGAAUGUCAUAAUUCAUGUGAUCGAAUCAAAGUUCGAGUAUGGGAUGAAGAUGACGAUAUUCGAGCGAAAUUAAUGCAGAAAUUAACACGUGAAUCAGAUGAUUUUCUUGGACAAACAAUCAUUGAAGUUCGAACAUUGUCAGGUGAAAUGGACGUUUGGUAUAAUCUUGAAAAGCGAACAGAUAAAUCGGCCGUUUCUGGUGCUAUUCGUCUACAUAUAUCCGUGGAAAUCAAAGGUGAAGAAAAAGUAGCGCCCUACCACGCACAAUACACCUGUUUACAUGAAAAUCUCUUCUAUUCGCUUUGCGAAAAUAAUAAUGGUCAACCAAUUAUCCCUGAAGCAAGAGGAGAUGAUGCAUGGAAAGUUUACUUUGAUGAACCAUCACAAGAAAUUGUCAAUGAAUUCGCUAUUCGAUACGGCAUUGAAUCAAUUUAUCAAGCAAUGACACAUUUUGCUUGUUUGUCAACGAAAUACAUGUGUCCCGGUGUUCCUGCUGUGAUGAGUACACUCUUAGCAAAUAUCAAUGCCUACUAUGCGCAUACAACAGCAACGACAGCAGUAUCAGCAGCUGAUCAAUUUGCAGCGUCGAACUUUGGAAAAGAAAAGUUCAUCAAAUUACUUGAUCAACUCCAUAAUUCAAUUCGAAUUGAUUUGUCUUUAUAUCGAAAUAAUUUUCCCUCGUCAAAUGUAGAACGAAUGCAAGAUUUGAAAUCAACAGUCGAUCUUCUAACAUCAAUAACAUUCUUUCGUAUGAAGUAUGGGAGAGGUGUACAUUUUCGAAUGACGAUCAAAGCCGAGGUUCAAGAAUUAAGUUCUCCACCACGAGCAUCAACUGUUGUCAAAGAUUGUGUUAAAAAUUGUAUUCGUCAUACGUACAAUUUUUUAUUUGCAAAUUGUGAUGAAGUUUACAAACGAGAAUCAAAGCAACAAAACAAUCUAACGACAGCGUCAAUUGCCGACAACACUGAACAACUUGAUGAAGGAUUACAAAUACUGCCAUCGACAACAACAACAACAACAACGGUUGUUGGACCAAGUUUGAAAAAUCUACAAUUUUGGCAUCAAUUAAUGUACUUGUUAACAUGUAUCAUAUCAGAAGAUAGAGAACGAUAUUGUUUGGUGCUGAGUCAAUUCCCAUCGGAACUUAACGUAGGUCAUAUAAGUGCAGAUACUCUAUGGAAACUUUUGUCAACUGAUCUGAAAGAUCAUCUUGAAGAACACGCACGAGUUCCUGCUGAACGCCGUGAAGUGAAAAGUGCAGAUUAUAUGAAUCUUCAUUUUAUGGUUAAACGAUUCUACGAUACUUCUGUCAAGAUAAUACCUGAAGCAAAAAACAUCGUUCCUGAAUAUCCCAAAUGGUUUGAACCUUUCGUAAUGCAAUGGCUGAAUGAAAAUGAUGAUAUGUCUAUGGAAUAUCUUCACAAUGCCUUGGAAAAAGAUCGUCAAACAGGGUUUCAACAAACGUCGGAACAUUGUUUAUUUUCUUCGUCUGUUGUUGAUGUUUUCACUCAAUUGAAUCAAUGUCAUGGAAUCAUCAAAACUCUCGAUCUACACGAUCCACUCGUUAUCUCGAAAUAUAUGCGACGCUUUUCAGUAACCAUUUCACAAGUUUUACUUGGCUAUGCAAAUGCAAUACGACGAACAUUUGAACAUGUCGGCGGACAAGAUCGAAUUUGUUCGAUAUUGAUGAACAAUAUUCAACAAUUGAGAUUGAACUUAGAGCAAUUGUACGAACUCAUGGGUGGUGCGCAACUAGAUGAUGAAACGAAAAUCAUGCUGAAUGAUUUACAAAAGCAGUUAAGUGAUGUUCUUGAUGAACUGAGCGCCAUGUUUGUCAAAAGUAUUGAACCAACUAUAAGACAAUGUAUCGAAGAAGUUUACAAACAGUUACAACAGAUUAAAGGCAAUCAAAUGGGUUCUGGAAAUACAAGUGGACAACAGAAAGGUGCCGAGGCAAUGGUAGUAACAAAAUCACUAUUAGAUUAUCUUGAUCAAAGAUUAACUUUUUUUGCUAAUCAAUGUGAAAAAACGGUAUUAAAACGUCUCUUGAAAGAAUUAUGGAAAGCUGUCAUCAGUGAUUUGGAAAAAGUUAUUGUGUUACCACCAUUCAGUGAUUCAAAGAAUCUCCUUACGAUUCCAACGGCUAAAAUUGAGGAUGCAUAUCGACUGCUCUCUGGGGAAUUAGGCCGUGAUAAUGAUCGAAGUUUGUCUCAAAAGCAAUGUCAAAUAUUAGAUCGUGGUUUAGAAGACUUAAAGGAAUUCUUUCAUGCGUCUGGCCAAGGUUUAAAACGCAAUUAUCUUGAAAAAACUUUAGAGUUGCAAUCACUUAAAUAUGCGCUUUCUUUGUACACACAAACAACUGAUUCAUUAAUAAAAACAUUCGUUAAAACAGAAAAAGAUCAAGAUCGACCUGCAUUAGAAGAAUCAUUUGGUGAAGUUUCCAUUCAAGUUGAUUUAUUUACACACCCAGGAACUGGUGAACAUAAAGUUACUGUCAAAGUUGUUGCUGCCAAUGGUUUAAAAUGGCGAACAUCGGGAAUGUUUCGUCCUUAUGUCGAACUAGCAAUGUGCGGUCCCCAUUUGAGUGACAAAAAGCGUAAACAAACAACGAAGACAAAAAGUAACACAUGGAUACCGAAAUAUAACGAAACUUUUCAUUUUUUACUGGGAAAUGAGGAAGAACCUGAUUGUUAUGAAUUGAAUAUAUCUGUGAAAGAUUAUUCAUUUAUGCGAGAAGAUCGUCUAAUCGGUUUGAAUGUGAUUAAAUUAUCUCAAGUAUGUGAACAAGGUUCCUGGUCAUCAUGGGUUCCACUUGGUUCACGUAUCAAUUUCGACGAUACCGGUUUGACAAUUUUAAGAAUUCUUUCACAUCGAACAAAUGAUGAACUAGCACGAGAGUUCGUUGCAUUGAAAUCUGCUCGACGACAUAAAGAAGAAGUGUGA